GGGAGAGAGUAAUGACAACAACAACAACAACAACAACAUUACAAGUAAUUGUUAAAAUGUUCCUGUAAGUGUAAUGGUCACUGAUGAAUAAAAUUGGUCUGUCACAUAGAAUUGACACAGUUUUCAUAUGAUAAUGAAGAGGUCAAGGAAUUAACAAGAAGAGUACACAUCGAUAUCCAGCAUCAAUGUCAUUCUUGGUACAGAAUUGUAGUCGCUCCAAAGAAAAAGUUUCCAGUGCAACAGACUCCCCACCGUAUGACAAGGAAAAGUAUUUCAAAAAUAAGGACCAGAAUGCAACAUCACCAAUAGGCAGUCCGCAUUCUUCCCGAGGGGAUUUCCCCAACAUAAUGAUUGAAUAUGGCAAUGAACCGCUGCAGUAUGAUGUUUACACUACAAUAGGCAAAGGAUGUAAUGAUGCAGCCACUAUAUCUGUGGCAAAACACAUUGCUUCGGGACACAAUGUGGCGAUAAGACAGGUUGACCUAGACAAAGUAGAGAGUGAAGAAAAUGUGAAUGCUGUACAGUCUGAGAUAGUCCUGUGUAGACAGUUGAAUCACGAGUCCAUUUUACCUUACUACACAUCAUUUGUACACAACAAUGAAGUAUGGACAGUCAUGCCACUAAUGGCUUAUGGAUCUUGUAGGGACUUGAUGCAUGCUUACUUUACUAGUGGACUGCCAGAGCAAGCCAUAGCUUACAUACUGAGGGAUUUACUCAGUGCAUUAGAGUAUCUACAUGUCAGGGGUAUUAUACAUAGAGGAGUGAAAUCUAGUCAUAUUCUGAUAUCAGCAGCAGGACGUGUCUGUCUGUCUGGCAUGCGUAAUGCCUUUCAACUCAUGCAGCACGGAGAAUGGAGGAAGCUAGUCUUUACUUACCCAGACAAUCCUCGUAAAAUGUUGUGUUGGUUCAGUCCUGAAAUACUUGAACAGAACUUGACUGGUUAUGAUACAAAGUCUGACAUCUAUAGUCUUGGAAUAACUGCAUGUGAAUUAGCUAAUGGUUAUGCUCCAUUCACGGAUAUGCCUGCAACACAGAUGCUUCUUGAGAAAUUAAAUGGAACAAAACCAGUUUUGGCUGACUGUACAACAAUAGCAGAUCUCACAGCUGAUGAAAAUGUAACAAACUCAGAUGUUCCAGAGGAUUCUGGUAUUGAUAAUGUUUCCGGUUCCAUUCAGAAGAACAGUGCUCUAGGUUAUGCUUACAACAGAACAUUCUCUCAGAAUUUCCAUCAAUUUGUAGAGUUGUGUCUAGAGAGAGAUCCUGAUAGAAGGCCUACAGCAUCCAGUCUAUUAUAUCACCCAUUCCUGAAGAAUUUGAGGAAGAGAAGCACAUCUGUAUUACCUUCAUUACUACAUCCAGUCACACCUCUGCUCGAUGUCUCCAAAUUACCCAAAGAUGAUUCCGCUGUAGAAGAUCUAGCAGAAGAGAUGGAAGAUCUACAUUUUGAUGAGGACUGGGAGUUCUAAAUAUCACUACCAUACUAGAUACAUUUUGAUUAAGACUGAGAAUUCUAAAUAUCACUACCAUACCAGAUAUAUUUUGAUAAAGACUGGAAAUUCUAAAUAUCACUACUAACCAGAUACAUAUUGAUAAAGACUGGGCAUUCUAAAUAUCACGACUUUACCAGAUACAUUUUGAUGAAGACUGGGAAUUCUCAAUAUCACAACCAUACCAGAUACAUUUUGAUGUACCGGGAGAAUGGGCAUUCUAAAUAUAAUGAUCAUACCAGAUACAUUUUUGAAGACUUUAAGGCCAGAAACGUUUUGAUGAAAGUCUCGGAGUUCUGAAUAUCACUACCAUACAAGAUUCUGCUCCAAUCUUUCAAUAUACAGCAAAAGAGAAUUGAAGAUGUACAGUUCAAUGCUAAUAUCACUACCAUACCAAAAACCUACGUGGAACUUAAAAAUCGCUUUCAUUCUGUUCAGUGUGCAGCUUUCAGCAAUAUUGUUUUAGUUUUAGCUUUCACACUUAAAAGUUUAUAACUUGUUUUCAUUUUACUUCGCAUUUUUGUAAGUUGUAUGUGUGGAAUAUGGCUGACAUUCUGUUUCAUUUAUGCUCUUAAAUGAUUUCUUACUAACCAUAUCUGAAAACAUGUUUAAGUACACAGAUUAACAGAGAAGACAAUAUUUGCAGUUCAUUUAUUUGAAAACAAUGUUUUUUCUUAGCCUUGGAAUCUUGUCUGACUAUUUUUACUUUUCUUUUCCUUUUGGCAAAUGGACAUUCUAUGAUAACAGAAAGUCAGUAAAUGGCAUAACAAUAAGUGCUAGUUUAUUAGAGUGUCUCAUACAAGCACAUGUAUGUUAAAUAUUUUUUCAAGGUCAAAGCAUAAUUUUUGACAACUGCCCACUGCAACUGUGUCAUUGCAAGAUUGCUUUUGUAAAAUGAAAAACAAGAAUGUUUCCCAAUCAUAACAUUGUUAUAUUAUCAGAAUUUAUAGGGUGCCAAACCAUAAUUUUUUUAAAAAAAUGCUGUUUCUAUAGUGUGAUCUUUUACCGUUCUAUCCAGUAAAGGGUCUUAUUACAUGAGUACCUAUAAAUAGUAACAAAUUUGUGCUGAAAAUUCUCACAUUAUCACAUUGCGUCAUGCAUUAUCACAUUAUCAUAAUAAGCCCCGGGGCCAUAAUCGAUAAUGGCCCUGGCAUUAGUGCGGGAAAUUAACGUCCAUAAACAGAAAUGACGUCUUGGCGUUUCAUGGAGGUAAAACAGCGAGUAUUUCCGUUUAAUUUUAUCAUCUUGAGCUUAAAAUCGUGUAUUCUUCGUGAAAUAACGUAUUUUUGUCCCUAAAUUAUGCAAUAAGCAAGAAAGUACAACUAUCCAGGUAUUUGAUUUUAUACAGUAAAUAGACUCUUAUACAAGUAAUAUAGAAACUGAAAAGCUGAAAUUUAUUGUGCCAGAAGAUGCAAGUACCUAUAAAAUGACACAAAAAAACCAUUUCUUACUAUAUUAUAGGUAAACAUGUAAUAAACAGGUAAAUACAUGGGAGAGCAGUGCCUUUGAGUGAUAAUGGCCAUGGAAGAAGAUAAUAGCCCUCGGGCUAUUAUCACCUUGCCAGGGCCGUUAUCACUCAAAGGCACCGCUCUCCCAUUUAUUAACCUAUACAUAAUGCAUUUGUUUUAAAUGUGGCUACUACAUUUUUUGCUUUGAACAGGUAAUAUAUUAUAGUUUCAUGUUAAAUCUUAUUUUCAAUGAUUGUUUUCUCAUAUAUAUAUUUCAUAGGUUUGAAUAUUUCAUUAACAUAGUAUAGGCUAUAUACUAAUAAAAGAAAUUGUUCUUUGUUUCAUAUAAAAUUCAGCUACUUCAGAACAAAUUUGUUACAGUCUCUAGACCUAUUUUCCACAAGAUAACUAUAUAUUUGUUUCAAGAAAAUGAAAUGAAAAAGGGGGUGUUGAAUAGUAUACAGUAAAAUGCAAGUCAGCUGAAGUUAGGUAUCCUCAUAUUGCUGCAUUUCAGAAGGCGGUCAGCAGAAUAAACACCCUACUUUCUUUUUCAAGUAAACAACCCAAAAACAUGCGAAUAUUAGCAUGAAAAGUGUCCUUUUUUAUGCAAAAUUCAUUCCACAAGUGAAAUAAUGCCCAUUUGGCCCCUGAUUUACUCACAAAUUUGUGAAAAAUGGAAAAAUUGGGAUCUAUUUAUUAGGGACUUCUUUUGACUACACCACAGAAGCACAUUCUUGACCGAAUUACUGCAAUAUAAUAUAACCUAGAAAUUGAAUCUAUUGUUUUGAUUAACUACUUUUACUGCUGUGGCUUUAUAUGUGUAAUAUUAAAAGUACGUUUUUAUCUAAGGCUUUAGUUAUACAUAUUUUUUUAUUCAGACAGCUGCUUCAUCUAUUUUGACAUAAAAUUAAAAACCUUACGGAAAUUGGAAUUAUUGAGAAAGUUUUAGAUUUGGCUGAUUACUCUAUAUAAAGUUUUCUACACUUACACAUACACUAAAACAUCAUACGCAUGUUGAAAUAUACACCUCUCACUUGAUGAUACCAAAUCACAAUAAAAUAUAAAUGCUUAUUUUAAGAAAGAAGGGAACUGACUGAAGAAAUCUCAUUGUUUUUCAUGUACAUUGAUUGAAUUUUGUUAAAUAUUAUAAUUUAUAUAUGUAAUUAUGUACAUAGAUGCAAUUGUGAUGAUGGCUUUGUUAAGUUUUUAUUUUGUACAAUGUAAUGUACCUUACUAAAUAUGGUAAAUUUGUAAAAGUCAAUAAAUUAACAACUGUU